AUGGCCCCUAAAUUUGACUACGAUACCAUGUCCACAACGCGCCUCCCCGACAUACAUUCACCUACACCUCCAUACGCUGUAGGCAUGGUGGAUCGUGAGCUCGAACAUAGCUCUCGCUCCGAACACCGCCACCAAGCCUACGUCGGACGAGACUGCCAGCACACUCCUGGUUAUGGCCCCUCAUCGAACCUCGUCCCGCUGCCGCUCCUUGCACGCUAUCCAGCCCUGGCUGAGUGCCCCGGCUGCCGAAGCGUGGGCCCUACGAGCGUCCAUCACCGUGCGGGAAAAGGAACACACUGGAUGGCGACCUUUUUCUUCUUCACCACGGGUAUUCUGGCGCUUCUUCCGUAUACGAUGGACCACUUUAAGAAUGCUGAACACACUUGCAUGAAGUGUGGGAGGAAGCUGGCUACGCAGCGCUUCGGCGGAGGCACCAAGGCCCAUUUGAUCUGA